CCUUUCUUGAGCCCCAUUACUACAUGCAUGUAUUUGUGUAUAUAUAUCCCUUCUCUUUCCUUCGCUUCGCAUCAUCAUCCUCUUCAAUUCCACUGGUUUUGAUUUCUCUGUCCAAAACGAUUCUAAACAAGCAACUUGUUCUCUAUUCAGAGAGAGAGGGUAGGAGAGAAUGGAAGGUGAUAAUUCAGCAAGAAGGGAAUUAACGGCGCUGGUUGUAGACGAUCAAGAAAUGUUGAGGAAGAUCCACGAGACAAUGUUGAACCGUGUUGGAGUGAGAAACGUGGAGGCUGUCAAUAAUGGAAAAGAAGCCGUGGACAUUCACAGAGCAGGCCGAAGUUUUGACCUAAUUCUCAUGGACUUGGACAUGCCUGUCAUGAGUGGCGUCGAGGCGACGAGAGAACUCCGAGCAAUGCGAGUCAGAAGCAAGAUCGCAGGCGUAUCGACGAGAAUCGACGAAGCACGAGUUCAGGAGUUCAUGGAAGCUGGCAUCGAUGUCUUCAUUGACAAACCCUUGACCUCUGAUAAGCUCUCCUCACUUCUUCGCCAUAUCAACCCUCUUUGAUCAUGCCUACACUUUUUUGACACUAUUUUUGCUAGAUACUUUAUACAGUAGUACUUGUUUCGUGGAAAGGAACAAAUGCAA